AUGAGCAAGAAUUCCGUGGAGCAGCGGGAAUCAACCUCGCAAAAGCCCGCCGCCAACACAUGGGCCGGCCGAAUCGAAGGAUGGAUCACGGCCUCCAACUUCAUCAAGUUCGCGGCCCUGGGCGGGCCCCUGACCAUCCUGUUCUUCUUCCUCUGGAUGCCCGCGACCAACAACCUGCCCCCGAUGGCGCCGAGCCUCAGCCCCGAGCGCGUGCGGGCGCACUACAUGUACCACGAGAAGGGCUACAAGGGCGGGCUCGUGCUCAUGACGCUGGCCUCCUUCUUCCAGCCGCUGUACACGGCCGCCGUGGCGGGCCAGAUGAGCCGCAUCCCGGGCGUGCCCAAGACGGCCGUCUACGCGCAGAUGCUCGGCGGCGCCAUGGGCGGGCUCUUCCUCUGCCUGCCGCCCUACCUCUUCGCGGCGACCAUGUACCGGGCCGCGGACCGCGCGCCCGAGCUCACGCAGCUGCUCAACGACCUCAGCUGGAUCGUCUUCGCCAUGCCCUUCCCGGCGCUGCUGUGCCAGGAGUUCGCCUUCUCGUACGCCAUCCUGCUCGACAAGCGGCCGAACCCGCUGUUCCCUAGGUGGGUGGCCUACACGAGCUCGGCGCUGACGCUCGGGUUCUGGCCGGCGACGGGGGUGCACUGCGUCCACAGCGGCGCCGUGGCGUGGAACGGCGGGCUGGCGUUCUGGGUCGCCGGCGUCACGGGCGGAGCGCAGUUCUGCCUGAUCUCGUGGGCUGUCUUCAGAGCGGCCAUGAGGACGGACCUGCCGGGGGAGAACGAGCCGCACCCUGACGACCUCUCGACAACGAUAUCUUAG